UCAAUCUGGUUCUGUCUCUGUCUUAGUGAAAAUGGCAACCAAAGCCAAUCCAUUGGAGGGGAAGACUCUGAAGCCUGAGAGUGUCAGGUCUCAGCUGGAGACAUCCCUUGAGAGGUUACAGAUGAAGAGCGUAGACUUGUUCUAUCUCCAUAUGCCUGACCACAACACCCCUGUGGAACAGACACUACAUGCCUGCAAUGAACUAUACAAGGAGGGAAAGUUUAAGGAGCUUGGUCUGUCGAACUAUGCAGCUUGGGAGGUGGCAGAAAUCUAUACCAUCUGCAAGUACAACAGCUGGGUGCUUCCAACUGUGUAUCAGGGCAUGUACAAUGCAACCACUCGCCAAGUGGAAACCGAGCUGUUGCCGUGCCUUAGACACUGUGGAAUGCGGUUCUAUGCCUACAAUCCUUUGGCAGGAGGGCUGCUGACAGGGAAGUACAAGUAUGAAGAUAAAGACACGGUCCAACCGACUGGCAGGUUUUUUGGAAAUGAUUGGGCCCAGAUAUACAGGGACAGAUACUGGAAGGAGCACCAUUUCCAAGCCAUUGCCCUGGUCGAGAAAGCAUUAGGGCAGGCUUAUGGCUCUAACCCCCCCAGCCUAACUUCAGCUGCUUUACGCUGGAUGUACAACCACUCCAAACUUCAGGGUGCCCUUGGAGAUGCAGUGAUCAUUGGGAUGUCCAACAUGGAUCAGCUGCAGCAGAACCUCACAUGCAGUGAAGAAGGCCCUCUGCUCCCAGCUGUGGUGGAAGCAUUUGAUAAAGCCUGGCAUCUAGUAGCACAUGACUGUCCCAACUACUUCCGGUAGAAAAUGAAGGUAGCAAAUUUAGUGUGGGGAUGGUAACCAGUAUCCUGGCAUCUGAGACCUAACUCCUCCCAUAGUGUUUGAGGAAAUUUCACUCUUGGAUCAGUGAACGUAUUAGUGUCACAUUGGGGUUUCCUUGCACUAGAGUUGAAGUUCUUCAUACAAUCACAAGCCUCACUGUUUCUAUGCUGACUUAAUGGUAGUUGCACAUGGUGUCUAAGCUAUAAGGUGUCUGGUUUUUCCUUAAAACUAAAAGCCAUAAUUGCCAUGAGAAUGUCCCUUAAUAGGGCAGCUCCUGUUUUCACUUGAGCACACAAAAUAGUGUUGUGAUUUGGUGAUGGAAUUCAUAUAAGGAACUGGCGCUGUCAUAGGGCCACUUGAAGUGUCCAAGUAGGAAUGUGGAUAUUUGUCUUCAAUCAGCUGUCAGAAUAAAGCAUUUUCUAACUCAG